UCUAGACAGCAACAGCAUAGCAGCAGCUGGCUAAUUAGCAAGCAUGCAAUUUUGUUACUAGGUUUUUAGCUUUGCCAAGUUUGCCCCUCAAAAUUUCCCCAAUCUUGUUGUUGCUUCUUCUUCUCCUCUCGUCUCGCGCUGUCUGUCUCCUCUCGAGGAGCUGCCUGGCGACCAAGGAGGAGGAGAGGAGGAAUCGAAUCCCAGUCGCCGAUAGCCAGAUCUGGCUCCUCCUACCACCGCGUGCGCGCGCAUCAAUCAGCCACCACAGGAUCGACUCGAGGAUGCGGGUGCUCCCGGCGUUCACCGCCGCCGCCUCCGCGCCGCCGCCGCCCGCUCCACCCCCACCUCCUCCUCCUCCUCCGACUGCUCCUGCUAUCAAGGUCUACCUCAACAUCUACGACAUCUCACCCAUCAACAACUACCUCUACUGGUUCGGACUCGGUAUCUUCCACUCCGGCGUCGAAGUGCACGGCAUGGAGUUUGGGUAUGGAGCCCAUGAAUACCCAACCAGUGGAGUCUUCCAAGUAGAACCGAAAAGCUGUCCUGGCUUUAUCUUCAGGCGCUCGGUGUGUGUGGGUACCACCAAUAUGUCCUGUUCUGAAGUUCGCACUUUCCUAGAGGAUCUUGCCGAGGAUUAUCACGGGGACACUUAUCACUUGAUUGUCAAAAACUGUAACCAUUUCACAGCUGACGUCUGCAAGCGUUUGACCGGAAAGCCUACUCCCGGAUGGGUGAAUCGACUUGCCAGAUUAGGUUCUGUCUGCAACUGUGUACUGCCUGAAAACAUAAAGGUUUCAGCGAUUAGAGAUGAAACUGCACAUGCUGAAUUUUCUGAUGAUGGGUUGGAGUCAAAUGCGUCGAUUGUUGAUGACAGCGACAUGGAUGAUUUAGAUCACCUUCUAACAACACCAAACAGCGACGUUGUACCUACGAAAGACAAGACAUUAACUCCUGGAAGGGAUAGCUUAUAAUUGUUUCUGUUAUUAUUCAUGAAUUAGUAGUAUUACCUGCUUUUGGGUUUGCUGAGAAUGUGAUUUUAGUAGUGGUGGUGUUUCACUUGGCAAUGGUGGCAGGGCCUGAUGAUGAUAUGUGGGAUGGUUGCUGCUAUGUUGCUGUAGAGAGGGAGUGUGUGAUUUAUCUAAUUGUGGCGAAGGCCAAGUUAACCAGCACGUGUGAUGGUUACCUCCAUAACUGUAACUGUGUGUUUUGAUUAGUAGAGUGCAGGUGUAUAGUAAAGUAUUGUGUAACUAGUUGUUGGGCCGUUUAUGGUAACUGUUGACAAUUAUUUUGUUGUGUACAAAAUGGCUUGUUUCCUUCAUGAAAGGCAGAUCGAUAUCACUCGCUCA